AUGGGAAAACUGGGACGAGAAAUGCACUUUGAAAGGUGCUACUAUUGGCCAUGUUAUCCCUGGAUUUUUCAUCGUAGUCCUCGGGGCUUGGUUCACGUUAAGAACUCAUAUCGCUUCGUCAAAUCGAACUACACAUCUGUACAGCCAUUGACGGAACCAUCAGACGAUGGACGCCACAACUUCUUCAGCAAAUUUCUGCGACGUCCAGCGGAGUUUUGGGAAGGCGCUGCGCUCCUUGUGCUGAGUUGCAUCGGCUUUAUAGGGGAACAGUCUAUCCCGUAUUCGAAAUGGGAACUGUUUAAUGCCACGGAACCCACUCCAACCGUUUGUACACCGGCGGAGUGGCAACACUGUACCAUGUACGCAUUUUUUAUUACCUACGCCAUUGUGCUUCUCCUGUCGCGUACCUGUGUAUCUGGUCUGCGUUCUUACGAAACUUUCUUCUGCGCCCUGGCGUUCUUCAGUGAAGCGCUCUUGUUUUAUUUCCACUCCCAGCAAAGAAAUUCCCUUCUCGAUUACACCGUCCAUUCGAUGAUAGUGCUAGCAGCGACGAUGACUGCAAUCAUUUCGACGGCCGAGAUCUGGAUGGUCAAUGACACCUUGCUACCGUUUCUACGGUCGGCGACGAUCAUGCUACAGGGGACGUGGUUUUUGCAAAUAGCUUCAAUGCUGACAGGACAAUGGGAGGGGAAAUGCUCGCCGUGGACUGACUCCCAUGCCAAUGCCAUGUUUGCCACGAUGGCAGUCGGUUGGCACCUUGCAGUUAGUAUACUAUUCACAUUUGGGAUUCUCGGUAUCGUCUCGUUUAUUUGCGAUAAGGGCAAGUCUUCUGAAAGUCCAUCUCCCACAAUUAAAGACGAUGCCCAGCACGAACCUUUAUUACACACAUAUAAGACGUAG